UCAGAUACUUUUGAAUUGGUUUUAGCAGAUGAAUGGGUAAACUAUCUUAGUCGACCUUUUUAGACUUAUAUUUUAAAGAGUUUUUAUCCUUUACCAAUAUACUAAUAUAACUUUGUUCAUUUCUUAGGGAAACAAAAUCCAAGCAACUUGCAAAAAGACACUCAUGUCCCGUGUUCAACGUAAUAUACCUAUUGGAAAAUGGGUGGUUAUUGAAAAAGUUCAUAUGACAACAGCUGGUGGCCAGUAUAAAACAACACACCAUCCAUACAAGAUGAAUAUCUCAGAUGAGACUGUUGUUAGAGGUUCUGAUUUAUCUGAUGAUCGUAUUUUUCUUAAUCUUUCCGACUAUUCUCAAAUUGGAAAUGACCCUAAAGAGCUAUCCUUCCUCAUAGAUGUGAUGGGGAAAAUUCAUGACCUUGGUGAUGUUCUAACCGUCAGAGCACAAGGAGAAGACAGAAAGAGGGUUCAAUUUCGCUUAAUGGACACACGAGGAAACAGUCUUGUGUGUUGUCUAUGGGGUACUUAUGCUGAGCAAAUUGAAGCUUUUCGCGAUGAACACCAAGAUCGAUCUAUUGUUGCUUUGAUUAGGUUUGCUAAAAUCAAUUUCUUUAGAGGAGAGGUUCAAAUUACUAAUGCAUUUGGUGCAUCACUUCUGUACCUCAAUCCAACUCUUCCAGAAGUUUUAGAGUUGUCAGAAAGGUUGUCAGAUGAUCAACUACAGCUUGCCCUGCCUGAUAAUGGAAAAAAGGAUGGUAAACGCAUCAAAUAUGAUUGGAAUGAUGCUGAGGUCAAACCGAUUUCGGAAGUUCUUUCAGCAAAUCAGGUGGAGAUUUGUAAAAUCAUAUGCAGUGUUGAAGCAAUCGACACUGACUGGACAUGGUUUUAUUUUGGCUGUAACCGCCAUCAGAAACGUGCCAAUAAACUACCCAAGAUUGAUUAUGAAAAUCUGAGAAGAGGUGAUAAACCAAUGUUUCAUUGUGAACUUUGUAAUGCCAAUAUCACUAACGUGUUACCAAAAUUCAAACUACAUCUGGUAGUUAAAGAUAACACAGACACUUGCAAUGUAAUGUUACUAGGAUCUGUUGCAAAGUCCAUCAUUGGACAUAAAGCUGAGGACUUGUGGGAUGGUUCUUAUGCAGAGAUUGAAGAUCCAGAGAUACUUCCUGCGCCUAUUCAAGAUUUGGUGGGGAAGUCAUUCUGUUUUGGGCUAUCUAUAACUUCUGAUAACGUCACAAAUGGAUCAGGAAACUAUAUUGUCUUAGAGGUUUGUUCUGGAGAUAAAGUGUUAAGUAUUGAAACUGUCUCAGAGGCUAUUUCUGAUAUAGGAACAACUUCUUCUACCAUGUCAUCUGCUCAUUGCAUGCUGUUGGAUACAAACUCAUCAGAAGAUCCUAAAACUCCCUUUUCUAAGCGCAAGGACGAGAAGGAUGAUCUACCCGACAUAACAUCAUCCUCGAAGAAAAUGUGCACUAAAUUGAUCAAGGAGGAAAAGCAUAAAUCAGAUUAA